AACACUUAUUACUUAUACACGGUAGAAGCUCACCGCUGCUCUUACAGUAGGACAGAUGCGGAUCUGUAUCAUGUUUAUGUUUUCUCCUUUAUUCCUGCUGUGAGGAGCGCUUUGAAAGUGCGUUCCAACGAUGAAUAACUGACCUCACCUUUUCUCUCGGAUUUCGCGUCCCAUCUCUCUCCCACACAGCAUUAAUAGGCCAGUUAUCCUCCUGACCCAGUGAGAGACAACACUCUGAGCUUUAAGAAAUAUUUGGUCAAGAUUUGGACAGAAUGGGCUACGCACACUGCUGUACCGUGCUCGUUAUAGUAUUCCUUGCGCUACAGCAAUCUACUGGAUUUUGGCUCUUCGAUGUGGUCUUCCCACCAAGUGCCAAACUUCAAAACAAAGUGGCAAACAAUAGCACUCCGCCGGUUCUUAUAGUGCCAGGGAACCUAGGAAACCAACUUGAGGCCAAGAUUGACAAGCCAUGCCUUGUGCAUUGGAUGUGCUACAAAAAGACUGAUGACUUUUUCACACUCUGGAUUGACCUAAAUAUGUUCAUGCCAAUUGGGAUUGACUGUUGGAUUGAUAAUAUAAGAAUUGUAUACAAUAGGACAACUGGCAAGACCUCGAAUUCUGCAGGAGUGACAGUGAGAGUGCCUGGUUUUGGACAGACAUAUAGUGUUGAGUUCUUGGACACCAACAAGCUGGCAGGUUAUUUUCAUACUAUGGUUACGCAUUUGGUCAACAUGGGAUAUGUCCGCAAUGAGACCAUCCGAGCAGCACCAUACGACUGGAGGAUAGCUCCAAAUGAGCAAGAUGAAUACUUUGCACGACUGAAGAAGCUGGUUGAGGAUAUGUAUGAGGAGUAUCAACAACCAAUUUACCUCCUGGGACACAGCAUGGGAAGCAAUUAUGUCCUCUAUUUCUUAUAUCAGCAGACCCAGGCUUGGAAAGACCAGUACAUCAAAGGCUUCAUUUCACUCGGUGCACCCUGGGGUGGAGCAGUCAAGCCCCUUCGAGUGCUAGCGUCAGGUGAAAAUGAUGGCAUCCCAAUGGUGUCUAACAUCAAGAUCCGGGAGGAGCAACGGAUGACCACCACAAACCCCUGGAUGCUUCCAUUUGAAGAGGCAUGGCCUGCAGACCACGCCUUCAUCUCCACACCCUCAUUCAACUAUACCCACCAGGACUACCAGCGCUUCUUCAAAGAUAUUGAUUUUGAGGAUGGCUGGUUCAUGUGGGAAGACACCAGAAACCUGACCGCAGGUCUGCCCCCUCCUGAUGUUGAGAUAUACUGCUUCUAUGGUGUGGGGCUGCCUACACCAGUUACCUAUAUUUAUGAUGACCAGUUCCCAAAUGUAGACCCUAUAGACUAUGUGUAUGCAGAUGGGGAUGAUACAGUGGACAGUCUUAGCAUGGGUCUAUGUAAGCGCUGGAUAGGGAAGCAAGCACAACCUGUCCAUGUCAAGGAGUUCAGGGCCAUGCCCCACUUGGAAAUAGUAUUCAAUAGCAAGGUGCUCAACGUGGUCCAGAGUAUCCUGGAAGGAAGAUAUGAGGAAGAGGAUUAUGAAUUCCAUGAGACUGAUGUACUUCCUGCUGACCCCCCUGUCAUGCAAGACCAGCCCCUGCCGGAUCAGCCUCCCAAAUCUACACUGUAAAAUGUUGGGGAGAUGGUGCACGGGAUGGCCCUCCCACCUACACUGUACAGUACCAUUACAAACAACAAACUAUCUUAAAUCUCCUUAAUAGUAGAGAAAGACAUACACCUUUAGUGUGGUGUACUAGAGUCGACUGCAAUAGAGUUCCUAUAUCAUGUGUAUAUAAAUUACCUUUUUUAA